AUGACCACGAACGAGGAAUUCAUUAGAACGCAAAUAUUCGGUACGGUUUUCGAAAUCACAAAUAGAUACAAUGAUUUAAAUCCUGUUGGGAUGGGGGCAUUUGGGUUGGUUUGCUCAGCCACGGACACUUUGACAUCUCAACCGGUUGCCAUCAAGAAAAUCAUGAAACCUUUUUCCACCGCAGUGCUGGCUAAAAGAACAUACCGUGAAUUAAAACUACUAAAACACCUAAGACACGAGAACCUGAUUUGCCUACAGGACAUAUUUCUUUCUCCAUUGGAAGAUAUAUAUUUUGUCACAGAAUUACAGGGAACAGAUUUACAUAGACUCUUGCAAACAAGACCCUUGGAAAAGCAAUUUGUUCAGUAUUUCCUAUACCAGAUUUUGAGGGGUUUAAAAUACGUCCACUCUGCGGGUGUCAUUCAUAGAGAUUUGAAACCAAGCAACAUUCUAAUCAAUGAAAACUGUGAUUUGAAGAUUUGCGAUUUCGGUCUGGCAAGAAUUCAAGAUCCCCAAAUGACAGGUUAUGUCUCCACUAGAUAUUAUAGGGCCCCUGAAAUCAUGUUAACGUGGCAGAAAUAUGAUGUCGAGGUUGACAUUUGGUCCGCUGGUUGUAUUUUUGCUGAAAUGAUUGAAGGUAAACCUUUGUUCCCUGGGAAGGAUCAUGUUCACCAAUUUUCUAUCAUUACUGAUUUGUUGGGAUCUCCGCCAAAAGACGUGAUAAAUACUAUUUGUUCCGAAAAUACUCUAAAGUUUGUUACUUCAUUACCACACAGAGACCCAGUUCCGUUUUCUGAAAGAUUCAAAACAGUCGAACCUGAUGCUGUAGAUCUUUUGGAAAAAAUGUUGGUUUUCGAUCCUAAGAAAAGAAUCACUGCGGCGGAUGCCUUGGCUCAUCCUUACUUGGCCCCUUAUCACGACCCUACCGAUGAACCAGUAGCAGAUGCUAAGUUCGAUUGGCAUUUUAAUGAUGCAGAUUUGCCUGUCGAUACUUGGCGAGUUAUGAUGUAUUCAGAAAUCCUAGACUUUCACAAGAUUGGUGGCAGCGAUGGACAGAUUGAUAUAUCCGCUACAUUUGAUGACCAAGUUGCCGCAGCCACCGCCGCCGCGGCGCAGGCUCAGGCGCAGGCUCAAGCCCAAGUCCAGUUAAACAUGUCUGCACAUUCGCAUAAUGGCGCUGGCACUACUGGAAAUAAUCACUCAGAUAUAACUAGUGGAGACAAAGUUGGCGAUCGCGUAGCCGCAAAUGACACCAUUACGGACUACGGCAACCAGGCCAUUCAGUACGCUAAUGAGUUUCAACAGUAA